CACAGUGGAGAGGUGAUCGAGGGUGAGUCCGCUUAGGUGUGUGUUUGGGAUGAAUCGGGGUAAAGCUGCAGCCUCAAGAGCAUGUCCAAACUGGAGAAUGUUGUGUUUGUGUGAGACAAGGGAGGCAAUCAGGCAGGAGAUGAAGCAGAGGCUCUGAGCCAAGGGGGCAGCAUGAGGAAACAGUAUCAACUUGGCUCAGGGUGGCUGGAGGACAGGACAGGAGAGGAGAGGAGAGGGAGGCUAGAGUUUCAUCUUAUUGUUCCUGCUGCUGCUGCACCAGUCUGCAAGAAAUGUCAGGUGUCUCCAUGAGCAUAUGUCACUGUUUUCACACCACCUUAACAAGCAGGUCUUUAGAGCGCAACACCUUAUUUUUAGCUUAAAUGUGUGUGAGAGAAAGAGAGAAAAAAAAGCCCCAGAACGUGGAUAGUGCUGCAAGCUGUGAUGAUGUCAGUGCCAGUGUCGUCAUAUUUCCACCGGGCACCGUCUAAACAGGCUGGUUUGUAAAAAGGUGGAUGAGGCGCUUUCAGACUGAAGUUGCUGUUGCGUAACAGACGUGCCAGGCGGUAGGUUGGUAGGUAGGCAAUCGUGUUUAUCCGCUUGAAGAAGAAAAAAAUGAGAGGGAGGGAGCGAUGUGGAGAGAGAUGGAGCGGACGGAGGGGGCGUGCGUCUCCGUACUAGCUCACGGCUAGAGAGCUGGCAGCGGUACAAGGCUGCUCAACCUCCAUGUAUGUCGACACAGUAGCGGCUUCACCUCCAUUCUGCGGGGGAAAAGGGGCGAUUCCGGGCUAGACUUUCCCCCCCACCGCCGACUCGGUAUGUCCUGGACCUGAUAUCCUGCCGCAGCGGACGCCAUCGGAGAGGAGCCGCACAGAGCUGCAGAACCACAGUGGAAAGAUGGUGUUACAGACAGACUGAGACAUCCAGAGGGACCAGUACCUGCUCACCACUCAGAGGCUAACCAUGGCUCCCAUGUCCCUCCCAUUCCUAGCAUUCCUCCUUUCCUUCCUCCAUAUUUCAGAUGCUCAGACCAUCAUAGGCUUGUCCUCCUCUUUCUCUCCUCUGGACCUGCCUAACAACCCUUCACCUCCACCAACCAAGCAGACUGCUCGAUUCUGGCCCUCUUUGCCUCCAAGAGGGCGCAGCGAUGUACCCAUCAGAGUUCCAGUCCGGGAUAGGUUAACAACUAUAAAUACAGUGGAACAGGGGCAAAGAAUGAACCACCCAACCACGCAGCUCAGUCUCUCUUUUAUAUCUGCACUCACUACGCAUAACCUUAGCAGUGGGCCAAUUGUAACACAACCAACUGCCUCCAGGCCCAGGACUGACACAGCUAGUUUAGCAUUCAGCCGGGCUCUCACAAAGGGAGAUGCUCCUACAAAAGGCUAUACUCCUCCUCUGCCCACUUUGCCGUCCACUGCUGUCGCUGAGCCUGCAGGUGAUAAGCCAAUGAUAGCCGGGAAAGCAGAGGAAGGACCGAUCAAAGAGAUGGAGGAUGUUGAUUCACAAGGGUUGGGAUCAGGUAGUUCCCCAACAGUGAUGUUUGUGAAGGAGGAAUCACCCGCUCCUCUGCCAACAGUUGGGGAUGAAAUGGCACAGUAUCGACCGCAGGCACAGACCGUAAUAUCUAAUGUUUCUAAUAUAAAAACCCCAUCAAUGGACAGUCAGACUGCGAAAUCUCACCUGUUUGUGCUGACAACAACCAGCACAACCAGUACGAUCUCUGCAACUCUACAAACCAAGACAAGAAGCACACCAUCUCCUGUGGUAACACAACAAACACCUCAGACUGCAGUUUUAACAGGUGACCUGGCAGCCAACACUCCCGCCAGUGACAGAUAUAGUCCAAAACGGGGCUCUGCUGUGACAUUACCGCAACCCACGUCUAACACCACUGGCAUUGCUGAUCAACACCCGCAGACUGCAGGACAACCAGUUACUGCCCAAAGCCAGAAGAGUUCACCUUCAGACACAUCGACACCACAAGUGUCAAGCACAUCUACAAGUGCUGUGCUUACUACCACACAGGAGGCUGUCAGAACAUCCUCCAGGACAGCAACUCAAGUAAGCAAAACAGUACAAGUGGGAAGGCGUACAGCAAGCACAACUGUGCAGUCCUCAAGCACAGGGGCCUCUUCCUUACCUACCACCAGUGUUGUGCCUGUCACCCGGUCAAGAUUCGGACCCACAUAUCAGAGUGGUAUUGGUCAAAGGAACCGAUCGCUCCUCCUGGGACAUCCUCACCUAUCUCCCCAUUCCACUUCCAAUCCAGCCCCUACUCCCAGUGCUAAUCCCUCUCCUAAUGGCACACUUCUUUACUGGGGAGAUCUGAGCCGGACGCUGACUUUUGCCUGGGAACUGCAUGUCUAUGGCUCAGCAAGCCUUUUCCUCCUCCUGUUUGCUGGAGCUGCUCUUGGCCUGACCCUGUCCCCUGGCACAAACUGUCCUCAUCGAGGUGCUCUUGCACUUGCCAAUGCUCUGUUGUUUCUGGCGGGGGGCCUUAGAGCAGCUCUCUUUUUCAUCGACCCCUAUGGCACACGAAAAUUCCUCCCUCGCACUGCAGUUACAGCCCUCUACAACUUACCUCUACACCUGCUGGUGUGGACGCAGGCUGCCCUGGCUCUGCUGGCCUUGAGGGUGGCAGGAGUCAGUGUGUUACCUUCAACUUUGGAACGCCCUCCUCUGGUGGCUGUGUUAGCUGUGUUGCAAUGCACCCUCCUGCUGGCGGCUGAUCUGCUCUCCCCAGCCCUCUCUCCUUUGGUGCCUGUUACCCUACAGGUCCUGUCCCUGUGCUGGGGCCUGGCUCUCUGUCUGGGCUUUCUAUGCUAUGUCUUUCCACGCAUACGCUGCCCUCCUAUUCCUCACCCUGCAGUCUCUGGAGAGGCCAGAAGGAAGACUUGGACAGGAAGUAGUAGAAUAGGAGUCAUUCUGGGGAGAGUGCUGGCUGUGUGUGCAGUUCUGGGGGCAUUGUGUUGUGGUUUGCAUGUCCAUGCUACUUUGUGGCUGUAUGGACUCUUAGGAGACUGGACACGCUUCAACUGGGGAUGGUGGCUUGUGCAUUUCUGGGCCCGGCUCCUUGAACUGGCCUGGGGGUUCUCACUCCUACUCCUGGGCUCCUGGGUGUUCUGGAGGCCACACAGUUGCCGGGGAAGGGAGGAAGGUGGACAAGAUGGUAGAGUGGCAGGAGACCUGCCAUCCCCUGGACAGUCUGUAGGCUCCACUCAGAGACAUACCUGCUGGUCGAAGAUAGUCCAGAGCCUGAGGGGGAAGCCCUGUAGAAAGUCUGACAGUAACGGUGUGGGAGGAGGAGGCGGAGGAACAGGGGAGGUGCCCAACAACUGGGCUGGCCAGGAGCGUCCUGGAGCUGACAUUAGCAAAAGUCUAAUCAGGAACCAGAAUCAUGAGCAGGCCACUGCCCAGCCUCGAUGCGUCAAAGACAGCAACCGAGGACGCAACCACAGAGGCCACUCUGCAGAACGAGGCAUAUCUGAUGGUUCCACUGGCUCCCUGCUGAGACUACAGGCUUUGGGCCGACCUCCACAGCGCUCAGUGAGUGGCAGUCUGGAUCAGGACAGGGAUACAUCCCUUUCUCUCUAUGAGUUUGAUCUGCGGCCCCCUUCCCCCAUAGACCUGACCCGCAGUAUUGAUGAGGCUCUGCACAGAGAACACCUGCUUGGAGGAGGGAGCCUGUUUCAUCCGCUGAACCAGGCCUCACAAUCCCCUUCCCCAGGCUCAGGGGUCAGUCAAGGGCCCUGGCUCCGCAGGAACAGUGAUCCUCAGUUGCUUUCUGAGAGUAGCGAUGCCCCGACAGAGUCUUCCAUGCCACUGGGAGGGAGUGUCCUCAGCAGCGUGCCCAGUAGGCAGGUUACUGCUCCCCCCACACCAUCCCACCAGGGUCACAGGUGGGCUGCGAAUGGGAUAGGAAGUGUCCCUUCAUCAGUGUCCUGCCCUGUGUCACUCCGCCCCACUAGAACGUCAACGGGGCAUCUGGGGGAGGAUGGAGUGGACGACACAAGACCGUUUAUCACCCCAGACUCUGAGAGGGCACGAGGGAGAGCUGGGAGGCCAGUAGGGUCCCGCAGUUACCUGGAAGUCAGCCGACAUGACGAUUCUGCCAGUGUCAGCAGUGAAAUUAUCGACUUAUGAAGUAAUCCACAGAGGACCAAUGACUGCCCACCAAACACACAUACUGUUCCUAACAAAAACUUUGAUUAGGAGCAUUGGACUUUGUUAGGACUUUUGUUAUUGGGAUAGUUUGAUCAUUAAACUACCUGAAACUAAUUAUUUUCAGAUGAGAUGGGAAAAUAUGAAAAAGAGGAUCUGGGUGAUGAACAUAAAAUAUAUCACCUAGUUGCCUUUUAUCUUGUUAAAUGAUUUAACAACUAUAUUUGUGGAAAAGAUAUAUGGUCAACAUUUUACUAUGGGAGCAAAAUGGGGAGAUAUAGCACAGAAAAACACAACACAGCACACUUUCUUCUUACUCUCUCCAUCUCCUUCUCUUACACACAUCAUGUCUCUGAUUUUCUCAUCUCUAUAACACCGGUAAAAUCUAAAGUACACUGGGACCAUAUAGUAAGAAUGGCUCUUCAGCUGGUCUGUGCUUAUGAUUGGCUACAGAUUUGCAUUGGUAAGGAAUUUCAUCUUCCCAUAAUGUAUAAAAUGCGUAAGAUAGGUUUAUAUCUUUAACUCCCUGUGUGGGAACACACCUACCACCACAAAGUUUUGAAGGGUGUAAGACAAACAUGGCUCUAAGUGUUUGUGAGUCCCAUUUCUAUUCUUUCUAUUAAAAAAUAUCUGCAUAUCAUCGGUCAUCAAUUAAAUUGUUUACGUAGAGUUUAUUUGCUGUUUUCCAUUUUAUAUGCUUUGUGAUGUAAAGACGUGCCAUAUACUACCAUGGUCAGUUUCUGUGCUAGUUUAAUAGGUCUAUAAACCCAUUGUCUGUGUUGACUCCCUCUAGCAUCUUAGCAUUAGUAUCAUAGUGACUCAGCUGCAGAUUAUUACAUCUAAGCUCUUAACACGCUGCUGCUGUUGUACUCGUCCAGGUUGCCUUGUAUGUUAAAGCCGGUUAUAUAAAGAGGCAGGCAGUAAACAACGGCCAGAGACAUAACUGACAUGCAGACGCAUGCUUACGUGUGAAACUGCUGCUGAGGCUUUUAGCUGUUGAUGAAAUUGCCAGACUUCAACAUGAAAGUCUCCUGUGUGCUUAAUGCAUUUAUCAUGUUAAUUUUCUGCAAUAAUCUUGUAUAAGUGAAGCAUCCAACUGCAUUUUUGCAGAGUCUGAAUAAGAAUGAUGAAUACAAUUAUGAUCCUGUCAGUUGCAUUGAAACGAUUCAAACUGUUUGAUAACUAAUUACAUGCUAUACAGCUUUGCAAGGCUGCAACACAUAAGACCGGCUUGGCAUGAACCUCAGAAUUCUUAUGCUAGGCCUAACUCAUUAACAGAGCACUUACCUGUAAGCCUGAGCACUAGACUGAAGUAUUUUACUACUCAAGAGGAAAUAUCUUUCAAAUAUAUGAUGUAUAAUCAACAGUGUAAAUAAAUGUUAUUUUUGAUGUUCAUGAAUAAAGGUGUAUUUGAAACAUAGUCAUAGUUGUUACUGUGAAAGACAAUCUAAAGUGGUAUUGCUUUUGUGUCUGAGCUGUGCAGACAGUUAUGCUAUUUUGACGUCAGAUUGUGGCCUAUUUAGGACAUGCAGAGCUGUGACAGUUGAUACUUGACCACAGAAGUUAAGUCUAGGACUUUCUGGGCUGUGCUCGGGAUUGUAAUAAUGAUGCAGGCAUUGCAAAAUGUAAAGGUAAUGGUCAUUUUGAUUUCUGUUUUAUAUUUUCUGUCAUUAAAUGUUGAGAAACAUACUGAGAAAAAACAAAUAAAACACUCCUGUGGAACCAUAUUUAGUCUUUUAAUUCUCUUGAAACUGUUCCUGAUCCUGAAUAUAGCUUGGUGGUUCCCUUUUAAGUCGUACAUUUGAGAUGAGAUAACUAUUGUUCAAAAAAUUGCCCCCACAGAUUGAUUACUGUAAUGUCACUGUGGGAUGCCGAUUUUAAUAUGUACUAUUUUUUAAAGGUGGAUAAACUAUUAUUUGGAAUAAAACCCAGUUACUUAUGCCUCUGUUCCUGAUUAGAGCCAGUCCAUUACUUGUUUAUUGGUUACCACGAGGUGACCUGCAGUACCUCCCAGUGAUGUGACAUGUUUGACUUGUUUAAUAUUUGCAGUACAAUGGCCUUGUGUUGCUGUAUACAUUCCAAUGGGCCUGUAUUAUUUAAUCGUAUCAGUAAUCAUCAUUACCCAUUUUACUUUAAUGGCCUCCAGCACCCGUAGUGUUGUCCCACAAAGCAGUACGUGCCAUAGAAAAUACAAUCCAUGUGGCCCCUCUGGUCUGUAGCCACUUUGCAGAAGUACAGUGUUAGUUCCAUCUGUUUGUUUUUGCUCAUUGGAGAUUUGUUCUUGUAUUUCUUGCUGCAUUUCAUGUCUGGAUUCCAAUAAAAAUGAGAAAACUCAAAAUCCA